AUGAAAGUCAAUGUCUUUUUGGCAGCGCAAACGGUUUGUCUGCUUACUGCAUGUUUGGGAGCUCCUUCAGCGCUAUGGACAAAGGGCAAAGCAGAAAACUCUUUGUACUCAGGCUCUGCUCUAAGUCCUGCUGAAGUGAUUCAAGUCACUGGACCACCUCCUGACUAUGGCCCUAUUAUUCAUACCGAGAUUCUUGCUGAGCAUGUAUUUGCAAACUCUGUUUCUAAGCCUUUGAAAAUCCAGUAUAACCCCCCGGCCUUAAAUUUCACUAAAGCAACACUCACACUCAAGACGAGAAUCCAUGGAGUCCAAGAUGAGAGACUUAUACACAUAUUUAUGGGAGAAAGCGAGAUCUGGCUGUCGUCUACUGCCCAACCAGGUGCCCACAAUAUCAGCUCGACAUUCACCAAAGACAUGUCAAAUUAUAUUACUCUUUUCAAGAGACAACAGGAAUUGACAAUAAAACUGGAAAAUGUCCUUGAUGGAACGCUUAAUGGACCAAUCUCCACCACUCUUACUGCCCGAUUUUACUAUCCAGAGUUAGAUGUGGAUCACGACCAGGGACUCGCUGAUGGUGAUGGUGAUCUUUUAUGGCAGCAAUACUCGGGACAACUGCCACCUGAUCAUAUCAUUGCUAUCCCAUCAGGGCAAUCAAUCGAACCACGUCCAGCUAAACUAGCCAAACGAGACUAUGUCAGGCCCUCGCCGCUAGUCUCCAAACAAAUUGAACCAAUUGCACGAAAUGUCACUAGAGCAGUAAUUGCCAUUUCCGCAACUGGUUACGAUAGUGAAGAAUUCUGGUACAGCCAUCUACUUGACGAAUAUGCCGGUGCUCUUAACGGCGUAGGAGGGGGUCCGUCACGAGUAAUAGAGGUGUCGAUAAAUAAUCGAGUUGCCGGAUUUGUGUUCCCAUAUCCGGUGAUAUUUACAGGUGGGAUAUCCUCGUAUAUGUGGAGCCCUAUAGUUGGUAUCCAUGCUUUUGAUACUCCCGUCUACGAGAUAGAUAUCAGCGCAUUUCUACCUGUCCUUUGGGAGACGGAUGCCAGGAUCGAUGUCCGGGUUAUGAAUGGCUACAAUUCGACCCAAAUAAAUGAUGGAUGGCUAAUAAAUGCCAAUAUUCUGACAUGGGAAACUCCUUCAGUCAAUGGUCAAGGCUACAUGGUGCUAAACAAUAGCAACACUACAAUCAAUGGAACUAGUGCUGAUGACAAAGACUUGGAUAAUAAGUCGGUUGGCGGGUUCUUGCCGAGUAACUCUAGUGUGUUUGAAGUGGUAUCAAUAUUAAAGGGGCUGACAAGAAGCGCGAGGUUAAACUUUAAUGGACAUAAUAUCCACCUUGAAUGGCAGCAAGCCUGCAUGUAUGAUAAUAUCCAAUAUUUGUCGAACCGUUAUGAGUUUCACAGUGUAGCUCAGAGUACGUUGUGUGCGGAGAAUAUUACGAUGGAAAGACCAGAUAACGACGGCCCGAGCAGACGUCGGACCUGGCAGAAAAUGUAUCAGUACCCUCUAGCUAUUCAAGCUACUUAUGAUCAGAUGAAUGGCCGUACUGACACAGAGUUGACUCAUGGUUACGAGCAUACAAAUAGCAUAACUGGGGCGUCAAUUGCAACAGUUCAGAACGCCACGUCCUCUACAUUUGAUAAGCCUUUAGACUCUAGAGGGCGUAUGGGUUUUGGAUCCAACCGACAGCUUUAUUUCCAUCAAGAUAGAACUAAAGCUUACCAGCGGGUGGCUGCAGCAGUGAACAAUACUCUGAUUGUUGAUACUGACUCAAGAGGCGACCCUAUCUAUACAAGUAGUUUUAUCAAUAUGCCAGAGGGACCAGCCAUCAGAGGAGAUAGCAUCCACAUGCUUUCGGACAAGUUCUUUGAUACUCAAGCCAGAGCAAUGGGCAAUAAUUGGUCAGGACAAUAUUUAGCGGAAGUCCACCGGUUUUUUGAUCAACAUCGGGCUGAGACCACAGAUAGCGGUCGGUCCAAACAAAAGACUCAGCUUAAUCAAAGCACACUGGGUAUGAUGAUACAUAGGAAAUUGAUUGCCAGGAAUAGACACAUGCUUAGGUAA